GAUGGCGGCGGCAGCAAAUUCACAAGCAAGCAGGCGAAAUGCAAGGAAGCAAAUUUCUCAGCCGGUUGGUCCUCAGAGAUCUGAAAAUUUUCCCGGAAAGACAUACAACAUUUGGUAUAAUAAGAAUGUUGGAGAAAGAGGUCAUUUUCGCGAGAAGAUUCCAGCUACCACUCGAUGCAGUAUCACAGAGGACAGUGGAACCACAAAAGGCAGUUCAAGACAGUGGGAUGGGACAUAUAUUUGCUUGAAAUUUUCGAGAGGAUGUUGUCCGUUAGGAUAUGAGUGUUCCUGGAUCCAUAAUUUACCGUCGGAUGAAUUUGAAUCAACUUUGGACACCACAAAAGACUGCUUCGGUAGAGAAAGACACGAACAUGUACGAGACGACCAGAGUGGUGUUGGUUCGUUUUCUGCGGAUGAACAAACUGCUAAGACCCUUUAUGUCGGUGGAAUAUCGGUAACUUCCGACCUCCAAUCGAUUGUUUAUAGACACUUCAAAGAGUGGGGAGAGAUCGAUAACGUUAGGGUGUUACAGUCAAAAGGUGUCGCGUUUGUUCGCUACAAAAACCGCUCCAACGCCGAAUUUGCCAAAGAGGCCAUGCAAAGUCAAGCUCUCGAUAAUAAAGAGAUUUUGAAUAUACGGUGGGCCACAGAAGACCCAAACCCGUGGGUUAAGAAGCGUAAAAUAGAGAACAGCAAAGAGAGACUUGCUUCUGCGAUAUUGCAAGACUAUGAUGGACCGCUCAGACUUCCACAUCAUGAUAAUGUUAAGGAUAACUCUUUCCCACAGAAACGCCGUAACAUUGAUCAUGACCUUAAAGAGAGUGGAGAGGCAAUUGGUUACUAUCCAGAUACAGAUUAUCAGUACUAUGAGCCAAACACUGGCACAGAUAUGAAGUAUGAUGUACAUGCAGCUCAGUUGACUGAGACUAAUCAAGGAUCAGGAUACAAUACAGUGAGUAAAUCACCACCAAAGACACUUUCAGAUCUUAUUCAGUGGUCAAAACAGCAGGUGUCACUUAACAGAGCAAAUGAACUGUCACAUUCAAAACAUCCAGGGAAUGAGACAAUUAUGGAAAAGAAGGAUGAACUAGGAAGCAUCUCACUUAUUUCUGCAUACGAUUCUUCUUCAGAUGAUGACAUUGAAGGGAACAGUUAAAAAAUUUGAAAAA